GUUGAUUGAAAGCGCGUCGCGGUUAGCCGCUUUGGGGUCGGGGCACUUUUGUUCCGCAGCUCGGGUUAGGGUCGCGGCGCCUUCAGGGCACAGUCUCGUGCGCAGAGCUCUCUGGUUACGAUAGCCAGCAUGGCUGGUAUUCUCUGGAUAUUUACUCUCUCUCUGGGCCUGAGUGCCCUCGCUCGGAAUAAAACUCUCCAAGUGAACUUGAACUCUCAAAGCUGGGAGCUUUCCUCGUUAACCAGGCCAGAGGAGUGUCCACCAUGCUUCAACUGCAAACUGCCGGCAUUCUCGUGUGGGAACUUCGGGGAAUGUUCAGACUAUGAUGGACAAUGUAAAUGUCCUCCGGGAUGGGCUGGGAUCGACUGCUUAACUCCUCAAUGUGAUUCUCUCGCGGAUGGCGAAAAACGGCGGCAGCGCGAAGAAGGCCAACCCUGCGACUGCAAGGACGGCUGGAGUGGUAUCAACUGCAACGUCUGCAAAACCGACGCAGCAUGUGCCAACUUUCCACUUCCACUUCUCCCUGGAGAGUCCCGCGAACCUAACGACGAUUCUGCACUAAACAUGACUUGCUACAAGGGUGGAGAGACGGUGUUCCAGAACCACCAAAUGUGCGACGUCACCAAUCGCAAGAUUCUCGACAUGUUACCGGAAAGGCCACCCCAGAUCACUUUCGGCUGCGACAAGACCUCAGAUACCUGUCAGUUCCAGUUUUGGACUGCUCAAGUCGAGUCGUUCUACUGCGCGCUUGACAAGUGUACCUCCGGAAUGGAUGUUGGCCCUAACAAAAACACGACGAAAUACGAGUGCGAGAACAUUCAGUGCAAGUGUAUUCCCGGACGGUUCAUCUGUGGCGAAGACGGCAGUAUUAAUAUCGACGAGUUCCUGAGGGAUGAGAUCAGAGGUCCGGCGGCUUUCAGUUGCACGACUGGCGAUGGGUGUCGAUUUGAGGAGCCUGCGAUGAACGACCUUAUCGAAACGAUCUUUGGCGACAGUUACAUUACCUUGCAAUGCCACGGCGGCGAGUGUCUACACUAUUCUCAAGUUCCGGGAUAUGUCAAGCCACCGAAGCCGGACACGACUCGCUUCGUCGCACUUAGCGUCGCAGUAAUCGGCUUAGUCGUGCUGUUGAUAUCCGCCGGUCUAUGGUACGCCAGUCGCACGCACUCGGGCGACUUUGGCGGUAUUCGUCUGCCAGAGACUGAGUCGGCCAGACUGAUGACGGAUCACGUUCCAGCCUCGCUGCAUUUCUCGGAUAUCUCAUACUCGCUCGGGAACCGCAAGAUCUUGGACGGCGUCUCCGGAUCCGUACACCCAGGGCAGCUGAUGGCAAUCAUGGGCGCGUCCGGCGCAGGCAAAUCCACUUUCCUCGAUAUUCUUGCGCGCAAGAACAAGCGUGGAGCUGUCAGCGGCCGCACCCUCGUCAACGGGCGUGAGGUUCCCAAUGCGGACUUUAAGAAGAUCAUGGGCUUCGUCGACCAGGAGGACACGCUCAUGAGCACGCUGACGGUCUAUGAAACCGUGCUCUAUUCUGCACUCCUGCGUCUUCCGCGCGAGAUGAGUCUGGAGGCGAAGAAGUUCAGGACGCUCGAGACGCUCCAUGAGCUUGGCAUCCUAGGCAUCAAAGAUUCCCGUAUUGGAGAUUCAGGACGCCGGUCGAUCUCGGGUGGUGAAAAGCGACGAGUGUCCAUCGCCUGCGAACUUGUUACCAGCCCUUCGAUCCUAUUCCUCGACGAACCGACGUCCGGUCUCGAUGCAUAUAACGCCCUCAGCGUAAUCGACAGCCUUGUCUCGCUCGCUCGCGACUACAACCGCACAGUUGUUUUCACCAUCCAUCAGCCCCGCAGCAACAUUGUUUCCUUGUUCGACAAGCUGGUGCUGCUUUCGCAUGGCAAGCUUAUCUACUCCGGCGAUGCGUCAAAGUGCUACGAGUACCUGGAGAAUAUCGGAAAGCCUUGCCCAGCAGGGUUUAACCUUGCGGACUACUUGAGUGGCAUUGAACCUCGCUCGCUCGACAGUCCAGCCACCAACCCUGAGCUGUCGGAAGGCGAGACGGACCGUCGGGACGAAGAACAGGCUCUGCCACCUUCUGGCUCCACGCCCUUCCCUUUGGCAGGCCGUCAGGCGUCCGGCACUGAAGAGACAGAGCUUCAGACGCGCAGUACGACUGCGGUCGGGACGUCGAGCAACUUUAUCAAGCGGAAGACAUCACAGCUUCUGGAAGCUAUCUCGCCCACGCGUCUCAAUGACGCGCCUAUCUCACCGAAGCUGGCCGAGCUAGUGGACGCGUAUUACAAGAGUCCAUUGUAUGCGCAGCUGCAGGCGGAGAUUGCAGAGAUAGAGACUCGCAGUGACCUCGAGUCGGAGCUGCCGGACGUCGCGCUCGAAAACAACCUUACGAGGGGACGACAGCGUGCAAGCUGGGGGACGCAAUUCCGUAUCCUGAGUGGACGGGCGUUCAAGAACCUGUACCGCGACCCAGCGUUGUUGGCUGCGCACUAUGUCGCUGCUAUUGCCGUAGCUAUCAUCUGCGGCAUCCUGUUCUACCACUCAGGCAACGACAUCCCCGGCUUCCAAAACCGACUGGGCGUGUUCUUUUUCACGCUUGCACUGUUUGGGUUCUCCUGCCUGUCAAGUCUGUCACUCUUCGCGAACGAACGCAUCUUGUUCAUGCGUGAACGGGCGAACGGAUACUACUCGCCGCUGACGUACUUCUGCGCGAAAGUAUUCUUCGACAUCCUUCCGCUCCGUGUCGUGCCGCCAAUGGUAUUUGGCUCGAUUAUUUAUGGCCUCGUCGGGCUGGUGCCGACGGUUCCGGCGUUUUGGAAGUUUAUGCUCGCACUUGUGCUGUUCAACCUGACGACGGCAAGUAUCAUCUUGAUGUUGUCAAUCGCAUUUGCGAGCGUGAGCGUCGCGAGCUUGGUCGGGACGCUCAUCAUGCUGUUCAACCUGCUGUUCGCGGGUCUGCUCGUGAACCGAGAGACUCUGCACCCGUCGCUGCAGUGGCUGCAUACAGUGUCAUUCUUCCAUGCAGCGUACGAGGCGCUCGCAGUGAACGAGUUGCGGUACCUGCAGCUGAAGCAGACGAAGUACGGCGUCGAGCUCGACGUACCCGCGGCAACGAUCCUGUCGCUGUUCGGCUUGAAGGCCAGCUCGUUUUGGUGGCCUGAUAUCGGCCUGCUCGCCAUCUUCUUUGGCUCGACGCUCAUUGUGAGCUACCUCAUCCUCCAUUUCUACGUCAAGGAGAAGCGAUAGCCCUUCCACGUACCGGGAUCGCUUCACUGUACCAUACAGCAUGCUCCUGUGAUGGAUUGCCUCGUAUGUACUACCACCCUAUACCUCUCGAAAGGUGCUGCCCUUCGAUUUUGUGAUGUACACGUUUCCUUCUAUACAUGUUGUAUGCGUCCCGUUGUUCUCGCGUUAUUCUGCACACGGCACCGCCUGCGGUGCGUUUAUAGCUCAGAACUAUAUAUAAAACUUCCAUUUCAUACUGUAAUGCGACUUGCCCCUUCAAUCGUAACUAGAUCCCGUAACUAACAUGUUGUCCUUGUGCUAGC